CACAGACAACCUUACCUUGAACUGAUUCAUCCCGCUCGCCUACCAACUUUCUUGUGGCUCAAUUCCGCUGCUUUGUAUCUCAACCCACGACAACUUUCACCACCUCCAGCUUCAUUUUGCCCCCUUACCAGCAAGUCUUUUGUUUUGUUUGUAUUUGCAGCAGAAGUAUUUUACAUAGUUCCUUUUCGAUCAACUCGGAUGCGAUCAAGCUCGUCCAAGAUCCAGCUGAAGAGCUGAAGGUGUUGUAUGUCGGCGCUUUCGAGUUAUUUAAGCCUUUGAAAUUCAUAAAAAAAAUUACGAUACCCACCAUGCGACCUCCAAGAAUCGUGAUAAUUGCUGCUUUUCUCCUUACUACUUUCUUUCUCACAUUUCUAUCUCUGCGGUCCUCUCAUUCACCGCAGAAUGUAUCUGCUACUGCAACUACUCCAAAAACCGGAAUACAGUCGUUAUUCUCCUUCCGAGCUCCAUUCUCGCUCUUCCCUCCCAAUGCGAUUAUAACUCUUACGAAUGAUAACACGACUGCUUUCCUCGCAAGGCCUGCUGCCUUUGGACCUUUACUUCCUAAUGAAGGAUUGAAGGGUCAGUUAUGGAUAGGAAGUGGGUUUGGGGAUGAUAGCAUACGACAAGGUCCUGUUGCCUCUGGGGCUGAAGGCGAAUUGGGAUGUAGUGAUGUGCCAGGUUGGGUCGAUAAUUUUGCAAAGUCUGGCGCGGCAGAAGGAGCCAAAUCUGGAGACGAUAGAUCUGCGACGACUGCAAGCAAAUCGAAAACAAAUAAAAGGGCAAAUGAUAGCGAUAAAGCCUUCAUCGAUGGCACGUCGAGUAGUUUUUCAAAAGGCAAACAUAGUGCAGGAGAGCCUUCGGCUGAUGAUGGUACCGACGAUUACCUUCACCAUCCACUAUCUGGAUCAGCAGUGUCAAAGCAUACGGACAAGCAACCCAAAGAUCUCAAGGUAAAUCAUGCAGAUAUUCAAUCUAUACAGGAAGGUGCGGAAAUAGCUGGCAAGGUUGUACUAUUGAGUCGUGGAGGCUGUGGAUUCUUGGAAAAGGUGAAAUGGGUACAGCGUAGGGGUGGUAUUGCUUUGAUUGUUGGUGAUGACAAAAGUGGCGGACCACUAAUUCAGAUGUAUGCUCGAGGUGACACAUCAAAUGUCACUAUACCAGCGAUCUUUACAUCGCGUACUACGGCUCAUCUACUCUCUUCACUCAUAGGCCCUGGCACUUUUAUGGAAGAUACACUGGAUGAUAGUGGAAAGGCGACAUUGAAAGUCCAAAAGAAUGACAAGGCAAAGAAAGUUACUAAAAAGAAAAAGACGAAGGAAUCUCAGCCCACAUUUACAGCUACUACAGCUACACCCAAAGCUACGAAGGCGGGUCGAACAAAUCUGAAUAAGGCGACUAAGAAGAAGUCUACAAAAGUCAAAGGCGAAACUACAACAAUCGAAACGCAGAAGCCAGGAUGGUUCAAAUCGUUGUUUUAUGGAACUGGUGGACGUAGUGCUGUAAAGGAUAGUAGUCGACCACCAAGCAGCGGUCAACUUGAUUGGGUUCUUGUUGACGAUUGGAAGGACGAUGAUAACGCUGGCACGAAAAAAAUAUCAACCGCCAAACUCACAGGUCAAGAAAAGGCAGAUGCUGAUAAAAAAUCACAGCAAACUAGCAAGGGUGGAAAUAAGCCUGCGUCAGGUGAUGAUUUUGUGAUUGGUGUACAGGACUGGCGUGAUCCAGAUCUGGUAGGGUCAUCUGAUAGCAAGGAUUCCGAAAAGAACUCGAAAACAGGUUCCGCAAAGACAGACGGGAAGUCUGAUGCAGAUAAGGCAAAAAACCAAUCGCCGCAGCCGACAAAGGCAGGAAAAAAGAAUUCAGGUGGUUCCACACAAGAAGAGACUGAAGCGGCGCCUAAACUGCGAGGAGGAAGCAUUACUCCUGGAAGUGGAGAAUAUGCACCUAAACUUGCGUCGGAAGUGGAUAAGACCAAGGCCAAGGAGGCUACUGACAAGUCAAGCUCUGGUAGCAAGACAAAGGGUAUUUUGACAACUAUUUUUGGUGAUGAUGAAGAGGACUUUGAGUUUCUCGCGUCGGGAUCAAGCAGUACAGGCAGUGUUGAUAUUGAUGAUGAGAACGAAGAUGAUGAUGACGGAGAGGACGAGGAAGAUGGGCUUUGGGUCACAUUGACACCUACCAGUGGAGCUAGUCCAUUCCUUGACACUUUAUUAGUAUUAGUUGUUAGUCCACUUGUCACUUUGACCGUGGUCUACGCUUUACUACUCCUGAGAUCUAGAAUAAGGCGGCGUCGUUGGAGAGCACCGAAAUCCGUCGUCGAAAGAUUACCUGUCAGAACUUACCAAACUAUUAACACGCCUGGCAGUCGAUCUCCAACGGUGCCAUCACCAACUAGUUCGUCAGCAUCAACCCCACUUCUAUCACAUACAACACCAGGUAGACCUCGUCCGAGAUCACGGACAACAACAGGGAUUCCAGAGCCUGGAGAUAUUGCUCGAGUCAAUUCAAAUCCACUACAAGUACCACUACUCACAGCACCCCAGCCUAAUGAGCACGAGAAGAACGCUGGAUCACCUAGUCAAUGGAAGAAAUAUAUGGGCAAGCAAAUAGAGUGUGUGGUUUGUUUAGAGGAAUACGUGGAUGGUGUCAGUCAAGUCAUGAGUUUACCUUGUGGCCAUGAAUUUCACGUGGACUGCAUAACACCUUGGUUAACAACUCGCCGCCGCACAUGUCCUAUCUGUAAGGGCGAUGUCGUUCGUUCCCUCGCUCGAGGAUCACCUUCGUCUCCGCGUUAUGAAGCAUAUCAUGAUGAUGACAGUGAUGACGAUAUACAAGCCCAAGCAGCAGAAACUGUAAAUACUGCUUCCUCGUCUGCACUGCCCAUUUCCCGCAAUCUUGAAGACGAGAUUGAAGGGGAUCUAGAACGGGGAAUUUCUCCUCCUACACCAACUCGCGCUGGCAGACCUAGUAGACGAGGAGAAAGUUGGAGGAGUAUGUUGGUUGAUAGUUCUAUGAAUUUAUUGAGCGGGAGUCUAGCGUCUCAAUCGAGCAGUAGAAGUCCUAGAAGAGGGGAGGAGGACAGGAACCGGUAAUCGGGUCUGAGGGAAUGAAUAUUACAAUUUAAUGAUGAGAGAGGCGAGGAUGGGUGGGAGGGCCAAUGGAGUCAAGCAUGGGGAAGUAACUUAUGUACUAGGUAAUCUUGAACAUCACCACACCUGUUAUUGGCUCGCCACUGCGUUGGCAGUAGGUGUAAGAGGUGUAUGGAUGAAGAAAGAUGAACGUCUCUUUUGUAUGGGUGUAUAGGAUUAAACCAGGUUAAGAAGCUAAGGGACGGCAAGGGAUUGACGAAAGGGUAGGUAUUUUAAGACCUACCUACUUACUUGGGAGAAUCGGGAGUGGGAUGGAAUAAGGAUUCGGGGGAAAGGCAUGGAUGGCGUACAUCAUUCGUUUACCUACUUAUCUAGUUACUUUAUAAGCUAUUGUCCUUUUUUCAUACUCAC